CUUAGUGAAGUUUCCACUCUGCUUGAUUGGCCAAACACCAAACCAAGCAAGGCCUGGGGAACGGUUACUGUAAACCAGAGUCGAAAGAGAAAGCGACCUCCGACUCGGAGAAUUCAGUUUAUGCUCAGGAAGCGCAACUCCUCGCGCCCUUUCAAGCCUCCAGCAGCGAAGCUGCCUUCCCAGCGCGCGGCUGAAAAUCCGAACCCCCCCCCCCACUCCGCUCCACUCCAGCAGGAAAACUGGGAGCUACGGAGAGGAUCCUUCUCUUUUAAAGCCCAUAUAAGGCCGACCCGGACGUCUGAUCCGGCCUUGGGCCAAAACCAGGCUGGCUUUAAGCAUGCCGGCUGGAAAGCCGACCUCUCCCACCUUCGAGGCGCACGUGGGGAAGCGGCUCUCCCCAAACGCGCGUUAAGGAGGCUCUCUGCGCUUUUGAAAGGAGGGAUCGAUCUCCAUGGAUCGGUGAGGGGAGCUGAAGCACGCGGGGGUACCCUUUGAGAAAGCAGAAGGAUGCCGCCAGGAAUGUAUUGCCCGGCAGAAUUUUGGUCUAAGGAAAGCAAUUACACCAUUCUCGUCGACUUCCUUUUACCCACCGGGAUUUACCUGCCCCUCCCUGUUUCCUGCCAUGCCAGCCUGGCCGCCAUCAAAAAGGUGGUCUGGCACCAGGCCCAGUAUGAGCCCUUCUUCCAGAUGCUCAGCGCCCCGGAUUCUUACGUCUUCACCUGCAUCAACCAAGCCGCAGAGCAGCAGGAGCUUGAGGACGAGCAGAGACGCCUGUGUGACGUCCAGCCUUUCCUACCGGUCUUGCGCCUAGUGGCCCGUGAAGGGGACCGGGCAAAGAAACUGCUCAAUUCCCAGAUUAGCCUCCUGAUUGGCAAAGGUUUGCAUGAGUUUGACUCCUUGGCGGAUCCCGAGGUGGACGACUUCCGGGCCCAGAUGCAAGAUUACUGCGAGCAGAGAGCGGCUGAGCGCCAGCAGCUCACCUGGAAAGGCUGGAUGGAGUACAGCUUCCCAGUUCAACUGGAGCCCACCCUGAGCGGGCUCGGGGGGAGACCAACCCUGACCGUGCCUGGCAAGACCAUUUUUGUCAACGUCAAAUUUCAAUCCGGAGGGGAGAGCUUCACUUUCUUAGUGUCCCUGAAAGAGUUUCCUGUCACUCUGAUGAGCUACGCCGUCAAGAAGCAAGCCACCAUCUUUCGUCACCAAAGGGUCAACCCCGUUGAGGAGUACACCUUGCAGGUGGACGGGAAAUACGAAUACAUCUACGGGGAGUAUCCCCUGUACCUGUUCCAGUACAUCCGUGAGUGCCUCCACCGGCGUUUCGUCCCCCACCUCGUUAUGGUCCACAGGUCCUCUCUUCUGAUUUUGCGGGAAGAACAGAGCAACGGGCUGGGGCAUCCCCCCAAAACACCCCCCAAACUGACUACGGGCCCAAAGCAGAAGCUAUCUCUGUGGUCCCUGGAACAGCCGUAUUAUAUAGAGCUCCUGCAUUGCACCAAGGUGAAUGCCGACGAAGGAUUGAAACUGGUCGUGCAGGCUGGACUCUACCACGGUCAUGAGAUGCUCUGUAAAAUGAUGACCAGCACCGAAGCCAACGUUUGCUCCGAGCCCGCCUGGGAUCAGAUGUUGAAAUUUGACAUUAACGUCUGCGACUUGCCCCGUAUGGCGCGGCUCUGCCUGGCCCUCUACUCGGUGGUGGAAAAAGCCAAAAAAGCGAGGUCCACCAAGAAGAAAUCGAAAAAAGCUGACUGCCCGCUCGCCUGGGUGAACGUGAUGCUCUUUGACUACCAAAAUCAGCUGAAAACCGGAGAAUGCGUCUUACCCAUGUGGUCAGCCUUCCCAGAUGAGAAAGGAGAAUUGUUAAACCCAACGGGCACGAUCCAGACCAAUCCCAACAGCGAGAGCGCCGUCACGCUUUUCAUCCGCUUUCCUGGUAUUUCGUUGUAUCCAAUCUACUAUCCUUCCACGAGACAGAUCUUAGAAAAGGGGCAGAACGGCCACUAUGCCUGCGGUCCAGGAGAGGAUCCAGAAGAGAAACAGCAGCUGAAGGAGAUUCUGGAGCGCAGAUCUUGCAGCGAACUCUACGAACACGAGAAAGACCUGGUGUGGAAAAUGAGAUAUCAGAUUCGGGAUCAGUACCCGGGCGCUUUGGCCAAACUGCUCAUGGUAACCAAGUGGAAUAAACACGAGGAUGUUGCCCAGAUGGUAUCCUUGCUGCAAUCCUGGCCCGAGCUGCCCGUUCUGAACGCCUUGGAGCUUUUAGAUUUCAAUUUCCCUGACCCUUACGUGAUCCGCUUCACCGUCAACUCCCUGAAAAAGCUGACAGAUGCCGAGCUGUUCCAGUAUCUUCUACAGCUGGUUCAGGUUUUGAAAUACCAGUCCUACUUAAACUGUGAAUUAACCAAGUUCCUUUUGGGCAGGGCCUUAUCCAACCGGAAGAUUGGCCAUUUCCUAUUUUGGCAUCUCAGAUCGGAAAUGCACUUCCCUUCGCUGGCCUUAAGGUUUGGCCUGAUUCUCGAGGCCUAUUGCCGAGGAAACGCUCACCAUAUCAAAGCUCUGAUGAAACAGAGCGAAGCUCUCAACAAGCUGAGGGCCCUGAAUGACCUCAUCAAGGUCAGCGCUCAGAAAAACACCAAGCUUCAAACCAAGGAGUUCAUGCAUACUUGCAUGCGCCAAGAGACUUACCAGGAGGCCCUCUCCAAUCUCCAGUCCCCUCUGGAUCCCCGGAUCUUCCUGGCAAAAGUCAGUGUAGAGCUUUGCACCGUCAUGGAUUCCAAGAUGAAACCGCUGUGGGUUAUGUUUAACAAUGGCGAGGCAGGAGGAAACAGCACCGGCUUGAUAUUCAAAAACGGGGAUGAUCUUCGCCAAGAUAUGUUGACGCUCCAAAUGAUCCAACUGAUGGAUAUCUUAUGGAAGCAAGAAGGUCUUGACUUGAGGAUGACUCCAUACGGCUGCCUUUCCACAGGAGACAAGAUGGGGCUGAUCGAAGUGGUGAUGAACUCGGACACCAUCGCCAACAUCCAACUCAACAAGAGCAACAUGGCAGCCACCGCCGCUUUCAACAAGGAUGCCCUCUUGAAUUGGCUGAAAUCCAAAAAUCCCGGUGAUGCUCUGGAGCAAGCCAUUGAGGAAUUCACCCUUUCAUGUGCUGGAUAUUGUGUUGCUACGUACGUGUUGGGGAUUGGGGACCGUCACAGCGACAACAUCAUGGUGCGAGAAAAUGGCCAGUUGUUCCAUAUUGAUUUCGGCCAUUUCUUGGGAAACUUCAAGACCAAAUUUGGGAUCAACCGCGAGCGGGUCCCCUUCAUUCUGACCUACGACUUUGUCCACGUGAUCCAGCAGGGGAAAACCAGCAACAGCGAGAAGUUUGAACGAUUCAGAGACUACUGUGAAACGGCUUACAUGAUCCUCCGAGGCCACGGUCUUCUCUUCCUACAUCUUUUCUCCUUGAUGAAAGCUGCUGGCUUGCCAGAGUUGAGUUGCUCUAAAGACAUCCAGUAUCUCAAGGACUCGUUGGCACUGGGGAAGACGGAUGACGAGGCCCGGAAGCAAUUCCAGCUUAAAUUCAAUGAGGCCCUGCGGGAGAGCUGGAAGACCAAAGUCAACUGGUUGGCCCAUAACGUCUCCAAGGAUAACCGUCAGUAGGGGACCCUCGUCUCCCCCCCCCAAGAGUCUUCCUUCCCAGCUCUCAGGAUGGAGCAGCUGGACCUUCCACACCUUGGACCGGUCCACAGGCUGGACCGUUUUAAGCUGCCCAGAUGUGGAAGCUUGUAAUAUGCAAGAUGUCUUGCCUGGAAAGUCCCUGCAGAUAGGUCCUCCGCCAAGCGGGUGAUGGCCUGGGGCAAGGAUGAGGAACAGUGGCACCAUUGGGGCAACUGCGCAGUUUGAUGAUGUGCAUAUAUGUUGUGUGUGUGUGUGUGAGGUUCAUAUUUUAUACUGCUCAGAGGUACUUGACUCACUCACUGGUUGAGCUGAGGAAGUUCUAACGUGUUGAGGCUUCCAAUGAUCCCUCCAAAGAGCUGGUCUCUUUAUGAAGAGAUGGGACUUUCUUACGAAACAUGUUGGUUUUUGCACAAAACGUUGAAUCCCAAAUUCCGGGUCUUGCGAGGCCAGGAACGGUCUUUUGAAAGAGGAGCCCUUGGUUGAGAAGUGAAGUUUUAGGUAGGAGGUGGGUGGUUGAGGAUAACACUCAUCCUGGUUUGUUGGAUGCAAAAAUGUCCUUACGAACUUUCAGUUACUUCUCUUGUCCAGAGCUACAGAUUACAUUCUUUCUUUAUAAAAAAAAAACCUCAAAUGAAUAAACAAAUCUGGCCCCUUACCGAUAACCCUUUCCUUUUUUUAAAAAAAGCUAGCUUUUCAAUAAAUUUGUUUUUACCAAUUAA